AUCCCUUACAUCCACCGGCGCUUCUUUCUAGGCGGAGUGGUGCGGCAGCUGGCAGAGCCGCGGAGGUAGACCAGAACACAAAAAGGGGGCGGUGCGGCUUCUUAGUUUCGCCGGCUUUGUCGCAACUACCAAGAGCAGUGCAUGAGACCGGCAUCUCUGCGAAAUGCACUACCGUUUUUGUCACAUUUCAUUUGGUCAGUUAAUUUAUCCGCAUUCUUUUGAACGCUGUCAGAUACGUUAACUAAAUGUUGCGACGAAUAAUUGUGAAAGUGGUGAAAGUAAACGCGCAUUAGGUUUCUCAGCUUGUCGGCCGAGUAAAUCACUGGAAAAAACACGUUUUUUAUCUCAGUUUGUAAGUGUUAGGCUUUAUUAAGACCUUUUUUGAUUACUGGCAUCCUAUCUUCGUGAAAGGCUGUCUCUCCAUCACUGUACCUGAGGAGAACGGACUGACUGCGCAACCAUGGGGUAUGGACGGUCAGAUAGCUACCGUGUGGCCACCACACAGGAUAAAGAUGAUAAAGCUUCUCCCAAGAAGAAGAAGGGAGCAAAGGAUCUUGAUGAAUUGAAGAAAGAAGUUCCUCUGACAGAACACAAGAUGUCAAUUGAGGAAGUAUGCCGGAAGUUUCAGACAGACAUUGUUCAGGGUCUGACCAGUGCAAAGGCCAGAGACUUUUUGGCUAGAGAUGGGCCAAAUGCUCUCACUCCACCUCCCACAACACCCGAGUGGGUUAAAUUCUGUCGUCAACUCUUCGGUGGUUUCUCCGUCUUGCUGUGGAUCGGAGCCAUUCUCUGCUUUCUGGCAUAUGCCAUUCAGGCCGCUACUGAGGACGAGCCAGCUGGAGAUAAUUUGUAUCUGGGUAUCGUGCUGUCUGCUGUGGUCAUCAUCACCGGCUGCUUUUCCUACUUCCAAGAGGCAAAAAGCUCCAAGAUCAUGGAGUCCUUUAAGAACAUGGUGCCUCAGCAAGCAUUAGUGAUCCGUGAAGGAGAGAAGACGCAGAUCAAUGCUGAAGAGGUUGUAGCGGGUGAUCUGGUGGAAGUCAAAGGUGGGGACCGAAUCCCAGCUGAUCUCAGAAUCAUCUCGGCUCAUGGCUGCAAGGUGGAUAACUCCUCCCUCACUGGCGAAUCAGAACCCCAGACCAGAUCACCUGACUGUACCCAUGACAACCCUUUGGAAACUCGCAACAUCGCUUUCUUCUCAACUAAUUGUGUGGAAGGUACCGCUCGUGGCAUUGUGGUCUGCACUGGCGAUCGGACCGUGAUGGGGCGCAUCGCCACACUCACCUCAGGACUCGAGUCGGGGAAAACCCCCAUCGCCAAGGAGAUCGAGCACUUUAUUCACAUCAUCACAGGUGUGGCCGUGUUCCUGGGAAUCAGUUUCUUCAUUCUGUCCGUCAUCCUUGGAUACUCCUGGCUGGAGGCCGUCAUUUUCCUCAUUGGAAUCAUCGUCGCUAAUGUGCCCGAGGGUCUGCUGGCAACUGUCACCGUGUGUCUCACUCUGACAGCCAAGCGUAUGGCUAAGAAGAACUGUCUGGUAAAGAAUCUGGAAGCUGUGGAGACUCUAGGUUCCACCUCAACUAUCUGCUCUGACAAGACUGGAACUCUAACCCAGAAUCGAAUGACUGUGGCACACAUGUGGUUCGACAACCAGAUCCACGAAGCCGACACCACUGAAGAUCAAUCCGGUGCAUCAUUUGAUAAGAGCUCUGUGACAUGGGUGUCUCUGGCCCGUGUGGCGGCGCUCUGUAACCGAGCAGUGUUUAAAGGAGGACAGGAAGCUCUGCCUAUCCUGAAGAAGGACGUGGCGGGUGAUGCAUCCGAAUCUGCCCUGCUCAAGUGUAUCGAACUGUCCUGUGGCUCUGUCAAGGCGAUGAGAGAGAAGAACAAGAAAGUCGCUGAAAUUCCAUUCAACUCCACCAACAAAUACCAGCUCUCCAUCCAUGAGACAGAGGACCCCAAUGAUAACCGUUACCUGCUGGUGAUGAAGGGGGCGCCAGAGCGCAUCCUCGAUUGCUGUUCUACCAUCAUGCUACAGGGUAAAGAGCAGCCCAUGGAUGAGGAGUUGAAGGAGGCUUUUCAGAAUGCAUACCUGGAGCUUGGAGGACUCGGAGAGCGAGUAUUGGGGUUCUGUCAUUUCUUAAUGCCCGAGGAUCAGUUCCCAAAAGGCUUUGCCUUUGACACAGAAGAUGUGAACUUCCAGACAGACAACUUGUGUUUCGUGGGGCUGAUGUCAUUGAUUGACCCGCCCCGUGCGGCCGUGCCCGACGCUGUGGGAAAGUGCCGGUCUGCUGGAAUCAAGGUCAUCAUGGUGACAGGAGAUCACCCAAUUACUGCUAAGGCCAUCGCAAAGGGUGUGGGCAUCAUCUCGGAGGGUAACGAGACUGUGGAGGACAUCGCCGCCCGUCUCAACAUCCCCGUCAGUCAGGUCAAUCCCAGGGAUGCCAAAGCAUGUGUGAUUCACGGCACAGAUCUUAAGGACUAUUCUCAGGAGCAGAUAGAUGACGUUCUGAGAAACCACACAGAGAUUGUGUUUGCUAGGACCUCGCCACAACAGAAACUCAUCAUUGUCGAGGGCUGCCAGCGACAGGGGGCAAUCGUGGCUGUAACAGGUGACGGUGUCAAUGACUCUCCCGCCCUGAAGAAGGCUGAUAUCGGUGUUGCCAUGGGCAUCUCUGGCUCUGAUGUAUCCAAACAGGCUGCUGACAUGAUUCUGCUGGACGAUAACUUUGCCUCCAUUGUCACCGGAGUGGAAGAGGGUCGACUGAUCUUUGACAAUCUGAAGAAGUCCAUUGCCUACACCUUGACCAGCAACAUCCCUGAGAUCACCCCCUUCCUGUUUUUCAUCAUAGUCAAUAUCCCUCUGCCCCUGGGCACCAUCACCAUCCUUUGUAUCGACCUGGGCACUGACAUGGUCCCCGCCAUCUCCCUGGCCUACGAGGCUGCUGAGAGUGACAUCAUGAAAAGGCAGCCAAGGAACCCUCUGAGAGACAAACUUGUGAACGAGCGUCUUAUAAGCAUCGCUUACGGACAGAUUGGUAUGAUCCAGGCUCUGGGUGGUUUCUUUGCCUACUUUGUGAUUCUGGCCGAGAACGGCUUCCUGCCCUCUCUACUUGUGGGCAUCAGACUUAACUGGGAUGACCGCUCCAAUAAUGACCUGGAGGACAGUUAUGGACAGCAGUGGACAUACGAGCAGAGGAAGAUUGUUGAGUUCACAUGUCACACAGCGUUCUUUGUCAGUAUUGUGGUUGUACAAUGGGCUGAUGUCAUCAUCUGCAAGACCAGACGCAACUCAGUGUUCCAGCAGGGCAUGAAGAAUAAGAUCUUAAUAUUUGGGCUGUUUGAAGAAACAGCUCUUGCUGCAUUCCUCUCAUAUUGCCCAGGCAUGGACGUGGCCCUUCGAAUGUACCCACUUAAGCCAAGCUGGUGGUUCUGUGCAUUUCCAUACAGCUUCUUAAUCUUUGUGUACGAUGAGGUUCGAAAGCUGCUGUUACGCCGAAACCCAGGAGGAUGGGUGGAGAGGGAAACAUACUAUUGAUCAACAAAUUAUAUUCUCAACUCACAUUCCUUCAUCUUCCAUUUUGUUCUACUUCUCAACUUCUCUCUUGACCAAGGCGCACAACCAUUCCCCCCAUCAAAGAGACACAACAAAUAGCACGUCUACCCCAAAGAAGAAACCAUAAAGCACCUUCCAGAUUCUCGACUGUCCACAUCAUCCCCCCAUUGCCUAUAAUACUCUUUGCAUGUAUUUUCACACGGCUGUGUACAUAAAGUAUUCUAUAUAUCUAAAAUUGGCAGCUGCAUAAUCAUUAUGUAGAUUCGAAAGGAGCUUUUGACCCAAAAAAGAAAGUAUGUACGCUCGCCUAUUAAAAUGGCCGUCCCUCCACCAGUCCCUUCACAUCCUCCUCUACACCAUCUGUCCUGCAGUCACACACGGAUAGACAGAUCACACAAAGCUGUUGUUGGAUCCCAAUGCACACACCGGUAGAUUCUCCGUUUUACUUUUUUAAAGUUACAUUACAUUUUUGUUAAGAAUUUUGCAUGCAAGGUCAUAUUAUGUUCUUUUUUCAGUAAAGAACAUAAUGGGACGGCUCAGUGGCUUUGAAUAGUCGAAUACAUUUUUUAUUUCCCAUUAAAGUUUGAUGGGAGCAGUUUGAUUCUGUUUCUCACAGUCACGUCAUUUCCUUCUUUCUCUUGAUCUCUCGUCGUCAUUAAUUCUGUCUGUCAUUGUUGGUGUGCUUGUUACAAUAAUCCCAAAAUAUUUCAAUUACACUCUCAAAUUCUGUGUGUUUUAGGAAAAAAUGUAAACGUUACCACCUCUGAAUUAAACAAAUAAAGACGUAUAAUGGAAAACAAAAACA